AUGGAAGAGAAAAACUACGAAGAAUUUCUAAAAGUUGUAUGCACCGCGUCCCUUUACGGAAACUCCUUUCUGUAUUCAGUAGCAGCUUUGAAUAUUCUUCUAUCAGUUACCGCUUCGAUGGGGAACACUCUAAUUCUUGUUGCUCUUCGCAAGGAAAAUUCUCUUCAUGCUCCAUCAAAACUCUUGUUUCAAUGCCUAUCAGCCACGGAUCUUUUGGUUGGUAUCCUGUCGCAACCUCUGUUUGUUAUUCAGUUGAUUUCCAUUGCACAUCAGCGAGUGUCACUUUGUUUCAUCCUUGUCAGUGUAAAUGAAAUUGCUGGUUCAAGCCUGAUCGGUGUGUCUCUGUUUACGAUGACUACAAUCAGUGUGAACAGACUUCUUGCUCUGUUAUUAGGGCUGAGACACAGCAAAACAGUGUCGCUGAAACGAAUUCGUGGAGUUAUCAUCGGCGGCUGGAUUAUAAACAUUUCCAUCUUUACCUUGCAGCGUUUCUGGGAAAAAACACUAUACGCUAAUCUCUCAACUCGUCUCUGGGAUGCUUUACUCAUUGCUAGUAAUCUCGGGAAUUUCAUACUCCACGAUUUAUCUAACACUUCGCCGUCAUCAAAAUGAGAUGCAACGCCAAGCAAACGGAGAAGGAACUACAUUCAACAUAACGCGAUACAGAAAAACAGUGUCCACCGCUUUAUGGGUGCAGCUGACAUUAAUAGCCUGUUAUCUUCCUUAUGGUGUUGUUAGUACGUUAAGUCACCCAUUCGUUCCAUCUCAUAAUCUUUCUGUCAGGCUCACAAUAACCCUUAUCUACUUAAACUCAUCUUUAAACCCUGCUCUCUACUGUUGGAAGAUCAGGGGAGUUAGGAAAGUGGUAAAGGAUACAGUCACACAUCUAUAUCAUGUGGUUUGUCCAGCUAAACCUGUAGCUCCCGCGCGCUAAGCAUUUUUGGUGCGAUUGGUCUAGCAGCCCGCGUCUUUCGGGCGCGGAAUCGAUACCUUUUGAGGUGCUGGAAGAUCAGGGGACUUUGGCAAGCGGUCAAGGAUACAGAGAAUAAUUUUAUAUCAACUUGAAACGCGAUUAUAACAAGAACGUUCAACUUUAUCAUAGUUUUGUAAGUUUUGCUCUUCUCGGUUUAUUCACAUUGUGAGAAAUAAUUCCUAAGCUCAUUUAUCGUUAUGGUUUUUCUUUUUCGGUAUCAAAAGCAUUUUCAUGGAUUUUGCAAGACAUUUAAUAUGGACGAACUUGUCCAUCAUCUCCAAACUGUAAAAACUGUCCGUUUCAGCGAUUUUGUGUCUAAACGUUUUGAAAAAUAAAUUCAUCAAAAAACCUGUUAUAUUAAACGUCUGUUAAAUACUGUGCUUGAUAUCCUUCAUUGAGUUUCCAAGUCGUUAAGUUUGAGGGAUUGUUCUUUUGUUUACACCCUCAGGAUCAGCAAGUGGACUGUUUUUAGAAAAGUCCACCUCGUUGGAAAAGUACGGGAAGUUUUGUUCCAACUCAGUCACUUUCAGCUUAUAGAGCUGGAUGGCCGGCAAAUCGGAAGGUCUCGUGUUGGUUUCGCGGGUCGGGACCAACGCUCGUGAUUUGAAAGUAAUUACGGAAGAAAGUACACCCUUCACAGCUCUACAAAGGGCUACCCCUCAUGGAACUUGGUAGUUCAAGUAGAAAUUGCAGUCUCUAGUUACUGCGUUCUAAGCACGUUGGCACUUCAAUAAAGUAGAGAUUUUUGGAGUUCGAAUUUUUGAUCCAAAACUAGUCUCUUCUCCCAUUUCUGUUUAUUGGCAUAGAGGAGAGGCUUGUGGGUAACAGUAGAUAUAAUAACAGAUCUAAAGUAAAUUGAAACAAAAUUUAACAAAAAUUCCAAAUAGUUACAAGUGAACAAAAGCAAAUUAUUAUAUAUAAGUAAAACCACUGACUUUAAAGAUAAUGGCCAACUUCCUAGUUAUCAUUCUUUUUAUGAAGCAUAAUAAAAAUGUUAUAAGAAGGAUGCCAGUAAGUUUACGUAGUUUUCUUCGUACAUGAAAUAAUGUAUAGUCAGCUCUCGUUAUCCCGAUCCCGUACAGCCAACUCCCCUUAUAUCGUGCCGAGUCCCUCGGGACCGCGAGUCAGUGCCCCCAGUAGCGAGAGUCCCGAGGCACGGGUUCGAGUCCUGUACAAGCCUGACUUUUUUUAAACUUUCUUAUCAAACCUGCACCGAAAAGUUGCCACUAUAACUUAACCGUAAUAAUCUUCUUAGAGUAGGUGAACACAACGUAAAACGGAAAAAUUUUCUUCUUCUUUUUCUAACCAAUGAUCUGGGCCUUUCGGAUACAACCCCAGAAAAUUUCGCCAACACUUGACAAAUUAAAUGAAAUUGAAUAAGAACGAUGAAGUUUGAAACAGUUUAAAGUGACGUUUUCGACUUUUUUGCCAUCCAGAAAUUUUGCUACCAAGGCAACAUUUUUCCUAGUAGCUUUUGUCACUGACAAAAAAAAAGACCAUCAAUCUCUUUAUUUGGACAGAUUGGACGAGCCACAGCAGUGCUAAGAAACAAGGCUAUUAAAGAUGUCAAGAAAAAAAAAGAAGUUCUUCUACGAUCUGUUUCAAUUGUUGCUCAAGAAGAGAAUUGAUAACAAUUUUGAAGAAACAAUAUUUUUCUGUCUUUAUAUUCAAAGAUGCCGCUUGCUGUAGGUUAUAACCAAACGCGCAAAAGUUUUUUUGUUUGUUUAUUAAGUUUUUUUGACAAGUAACAACUUGAUGAAGAUGGCGCAACCGACAGUAGACUUGAUAAUUUAAAAAACGAACCUUGCCGCAGGUAAAAAGUUAUUCCUUAUCACCCGGUUUUGUCAUUUUGCUGGCGAUUUCUUAAAUACAUAUUUUGGCGUUUUUGUGAAUGAAGAGAAGAAGUGUUUUAAAAAAAAGUAAAUAAGGAGUCGCUCUUUUUCUAAUUAAUACAGCUUUUGAUUAAUUACAAAAUUGGACAUGUCUAAUAUAUACAUCCGCCGUACAAAAUUUACCACAGCGACGAAGUUUUCGAUGUACUAUAUUUAUACAAGACAGAUAUUUCUCACUGAGUUAACUUUUCGCAUUUUUUAAGCCGGACUAAUAGUCAACAGGGAAAUUUAACGCCAAAAAAGCGUAGAAUUUUACCAAAAAAAAUUAAUCAAGUUUUAUUUAAUUUUCAUUGAGAAAUAUAGAACUCCAUUCAAAGCAAACGUCAACAAGUUUGUUAGCUGGAAGCUGAUUGGCAAAAAGUUUAAGAUAAGGUGGCUUUAUUGCAUUGUUUUAUCACUCUCCUUUCCAUCAAUCUCUUAGUUGUAAUACAAAUCAAUUGAAAACUAGAUGAAGGAUUCAACUUGUAAUCCAUUUAGUUCAUUGACUUGAAAUACUCAACAAAUAUUCUCCAAGCUUCAAUCUCAGAGUAUAUAUAGGUUGGUAGAAUGUAGGUCAGCCCAAAAUUCACGAACAGCUGGUUAUCACCUGUGUGCUUCUAAUAAUUUCAACGCAUGACUAUAACGCCAAAAAAUUGUAAAAAAAAAAAAAAGAGAGAGAGAAAAAAGAAAGGAGAUUUCGAAGCCAAAUUUCUGACUUGUAAAUUGAAAAUAACUUCUUUCUAAGUCUCUCAGUAGUGAUGGAUUUUUCUGCAAAGGGUUCGGACUACAAAGAAAUUCAACUUGUGUCUUGCUGGAAGUCUCAACAUGGAAAUUGUUAUCUAUAUCUUCUAGCAGCGUUGAAUAUUCUUUUAUCCAUCAUCGCAGUGCUUGGGAAUAUUCUCAUUUUACUCGCUCUUCGGGAGGUGCGUUCGCUUCAUCCGCCGACAAAACAUCUGUUCCGAUGCCUAACAUUGACAGACCUUCUUGUUGGCGUUUUUUCACAGCCCCUCUUUGCUAGUCAGCUUAUUUUCAUUGCGCAUCAGCAGCAAAGCUUCUGCUUUAUGGCUGUGGACUCUAAUGAAGUCGCAGGUGUCACUUUUAGCGCCGUUUCUUUAUUUACAUUGACUACCAUCAGCGUGGACAGACUUCUUGCUUUGAGGCUGCGUUUAAGCUACAAACGCAAGGUGACUUUGAGACGAAUGCGUGGAACUGUGAUUUGCUUCUGGAUUGUAAGCAUUUCACUCUCUAGUUUAAGGCGAUUUUGGCAACAUGCUCUUAUGUCAAAUGUGAUGUCCAUAGUUAUACACUUUUUGUUACUAACAUCGGCCUUUUGCUAUUGUAAGAUCUAUCUGAAACUCCGUCGCUUUAGAAUAGGCUUAGCAAAUCGCGCGUUUCAGGAACAACGACCCAGCGUAAGAGCUUUACAAAACAUGGCAAGAUACAAAAAGACAGUAUCUACAGCACUGUGGGUGCAGUUAGCAUUAGUAGCCUGUUAUCUCCCGUAUGGUAUCGUUACAGCCGUAGAAUUCAUUACAGGAUAUUCACCAUCACAUAACCUGGCUGUUAGAGUUGCAGUGACCAUGGCUUUGUUAAACUCAUCUUUAAAUCCCUUUCUUUAUAGCUGGAAGAUCAGAGGAAUGAGAAAAGCACUGAAGGACACAAUCAAACAUUUGAUUUGUUUUGAAUAAAUUAAAGUGCGGCAUUCGUGAAAUAGGACAAAAAAAGGAAGGGGCAAGGUACGAAUUAUAUAGAGUAGAAACCAGUUUAAUCAUACUUUCACGCCCAAACGUCCUGAGCUAAAAGACGGUACAACUUGCUAAGCAGGGGCGUUAGCUACCCUUGCGCAAAUAUGUACAUGUACGUGCGCAAUUGAAAAAGACGUCGAAGUUAAUCAAAACAAAACAAAUUUGACCGAAAAACAGUUUUUAGUUGUUGGUCUAAGUUUUCCUGGAUUUAAACAGAUAAUAUUGUAAUCAAGUUUAAGAUGGCAAGCAAAUAAAAUAGGCUCUAGAUGUACGAUAUCAUUUCAUCGCUUAUCAGUUCUCACUAACAAUUGUUGUGAAUCGGAUGAUUUUUAAAGUCAUUAAGGUGAUUCCAUAGUAAAAGAACCUAACGUAGAUUUUAGCUAAAACUUGGUACACUGAUGUAACAAGUCAAGAAGAUGAUAAAAAAGUAAUAAAAAGUGGGGGUCACCGUGCUCGUUUUGACGUCACAAUGCUGACAAAUACGGCUAUUUAGGACCCUUUUACAAAAACCGCGGGCAGCGCAAAACUAGACAAAAAGGAGAGAUUUUUUCGAUGAUGCAUGUGACAUCACACAGAAUUUGACUUUAUUGUAUUGUUAAUCCUCUUACGUACUAGAAAAAUGCCUUUUAAUACCCUUGUUUUUACUUUACGCUCCAAAGUAGAAUAAAAUUGGACGCGCGCUUUUCGACCCGUGAUGGCUCAAUCCAUACAAUUUAGUAAAAUUGCCAAAAAACUGAACAUAGAUUUGUGCCAAUUUUUUUCUCAUCGAAAGGAAGCACUGUCCUUAUCAAAAUCAUGAAAUAAAAAAUGGGGGUCACCGUGCUCGUUUUUGCGGUAGAGCUGCAGAAAGUGCGCACCAAACGCAUUUUCUCCGAUUUUUGAGAGAGGACUGGGGCGAGUUUCAAAAUAGAAUGUAUGUGAAAGGGGGAAGAAAGUAUUAAAAAAUCCGUUUUGACAGAAUUUACAUCGAGAUAUCACAUUUAGGACACAAUGUGAUAAAGAAAGUGUUUAAAUGAAAAUCAAAGUGAGUAAGCACAAGUUAAACAUCCACUAUCGAGGUUCUCCGAGAGGAGGUCGAACUCAACAACACGCGUACUGCUUACGUUAUGCACAUUCCCAACACACUGAGUCUCAUCUCGGCAAGAAACAACAGCAAGCAAAAAUUCCAAUAGCGUUUCUUUUCAGUCAACUCCAUUUUAAUAAUAUUACUUCACGUGCUUUUUUUUACGGCGGCCAUCUUGUUAUGCGCAGUAAGAGAUGCGCAGUGCAAAACUAGGGAAUCACCUUAAAUCGCGCGUCAGAUAGCUAACAGGUGUAUUUGUCAAAGAAACUGGGCAGUUAUGCUUUAGGUCCUAACCAUAAAAGAGGUGUUAGACAGUCAAGUACUUCCUUAGAAAAUGUGUUCUUUCGACUUACACUGAUAAAAUAAAAGACAUAGCAACUUAAACCGUCGAGCAAAAUGUGCCAGCGCAUGAAAAUCCCCAACCUACUAAAAGAGGCGAGAGGUAAAGAGGGAGGAACGUAUUCCCUCUCCUCUCGUGUGGUAUGUCUCUUUGGUUUGAUGGGCGCGCAUGCGCACUUCGUUCGCUCUAUUACACUCGCAUGUGGAAAGUAUCGCAUUACUUAUGGUCGAUUCAUUGUCAACUCAAAACUAGUGAAGCAUGUAGCCAAACCACGCCAAAACGAAACAAUAUUUCGCUAUAAUUUCUAAGUCAAUAAGGUUUAACCAAUAGGAUAGGUGGCCUUUCUGUCUUCCAUCUCUCUAUCAUCAUCAGAACCAAACGAAGACCAGCAGAAUUUGUCUUGUCAGGUCGAAAACAUGAGGCAGGAUUAUUAAACACCGACAGUUUUAGGCUUCAUAAUUAAAAAAGAACGGAAAACACAUUAGGGCCAUUUAUACUAGGAAAAAUAAGACGCGUCUUAAAUAAGACGCGAACUUUCCUUAUAAACGGCACAUUUCGUCUAAAAUAAGACGCGGCUUAGCUAAGACGCGUCUUAUUAGAUAAGACAUGCUCGUAUAAAUGGUACAGUUCGCGUCUUAUUUAAGACGCAUCUUAUUUUUCCUCGUAUAAAUGGCCCUAUUGUCUCCAGAAGCCACGUUGACCUCGUAAACAAGAUAGGCAGUUGCUGACGAACAUUUGGAAAUGACGUUUUUGGUACUUUCCCUCGCUGCUGUUGAGAAGAAUUUUUGAUUUCGAACAGUGUCGUCGUGCUUUAUGAAGAAAAAUAAUAUUUUAAGUUUAAAAUAAAUAAGGAGUCACUCUUCUUCGUGACAGUGCUUUUGGUUCAAUUACGAAAUUUGACAUGUCUAAUAUGUAUAUGGCGGAAAUUUCACAAUAAAUCAAGUGUCGGCUCUUUAAAAAAGAGCAAGUGUUUCUCAGUAAUUUUUUCACAGAUUUCAUGGUCAAUAGUCAACGGUAAAAGUUUUUCAUUUUAACGUAAUAAAAUUGAUUAAUUUACAUUUAAUUGUAAUAGAGAAUUAGGAGUCCAUGCAAAGCAACAGAAUGUAACCUGAAGAAGCUGAUUAUAAGCUGUUGAAGAUAAGGCAGUUAUCUUUGUGUUCUAUCUCAAUUCAAAUAUUGUGCACACUCUUUCUUCAUGUUUUUUUUCUUUCUCGUACGAACUUGGCAGAUCUAUUUGUCAUGCAUCAUAUAGUUUUUGACAUUAGACGGGAUUAGGGCUCACGCCCUGUUCUCUUCUCCUGUCAGCGUAUUUGUGUUCGUUUAAUUUCUUUAUCUGACAAAAAUCAACAAACUUAAAACUAAGCUAAUAUCGUUAAUCUCAUAAAACAAGCCACAGCUGCAAUCAACUGUCAGCCCGCAAAUCAACGUAGACACUUGGUAAACACCACCUAAUAAUUUCAAGGCACGUCCACAUUGAAGACUUUCACUAGUGAAGGAAAAAUCGGAAACGCGAUUUCUAAGUUUAAUUCUGAGUUAGUUAGAAAGGAAGAAUAAGUUAAUUUUCUUUCAAGUCAUUAAUAUAGUGAUGGGUUUUACGGCAGAAGGCGGGUACGAAGAAAUUCAAGUUGUGUCUUGCUGGAUGUCCAAACAUGGAAAUUACUAUCUAUAUUUACUAGCAGCGUUGAAUAUUCUUCUAUCCAUGAUCGCAUCGCUUGGUAAUAUCCUCAUUUUAGUUGCUCUUUGGAAGGUACAUUCACUUCAUCCUCCGUCAAAACUCUUGUUCCGAUGCCUUACAGUGACAGACCUUCUUGUUGGCGUUUUUUCACAACCUCUGUUUGCUAGUCAGCUUAUUUUCAUAGCCAAUCAGCGGCGACGCCUCUGCUUCACGACUGUGAGCUGUAAUGAAGUCGCGGGUGGUACUUUUAGCACGGUUUCUUUAUUUACAUUGACUACCAUCAGCGUAGACAGACUUCUUGCUUUGAGGUUGCGUUUAAGCUACAAACGGAAGGUGACUUUGAGACGAAUGCGUGGAACUGUGAUUUGCUUCUGGAUUGUAAGCAUUUCACUCUCUAGUUUAAGGCGAUUUUGGCAACAUGCUCUUAUGUCAAAUGUGAUGUCCAUAGUUAUACACUUUUUGUUACUGACAUCGGCCUUUUGCUAUUGUAAGAUCUAUCUGAAACUCCGUCGCUUUAGAAUAGGCUUAGCAAAUCGCUCGUUUCAGGAACAACGGCGCAGCGUAAGAGCUUUACAAAACAUGGCAAGAUACAAAAAGACAGUAUCUACAGCACUGUGGGUGCAGUUAGCAUUAGUAGCCUGUUAUCUCCCGUAUGGUAUCGUUACAGCCGUAGAAUUCAUUACAGGAUAUUCACCAUCACAUAACCUGGCUGUUAGAGUUGCAGUUACCAUGGCUUUGUUAAACUCAUCUUUAAAUCCCUUUCUUUAUAGCUGGAAGAUCAGAGGAAUAAGAAAAGCACUGAAGGACACAAUCAAACAUUUGAUUUGUUUUGAAUAAAUUAAAGCGCGGCAUUCGUGAAAUAGAACAAAAAAAGUUAGGACCAGGGUACGAAUUAUAUAGAGCAGAAACCAGUUUAAUAAUACUUUCACGCCCAAACCUCCUGAUCUAAAAGACAGUACAACUUGCUAAGCAGGGGCGUUAGCUACCCUUGCGCAAACAUGUACUUGCGCAAUUGAAAAAGACGUCGAAGUUAAUCAAAACAAAACAAAUUUGACCGAAAAACAGUUUUUUAGUUGUUGGUCUAAGUUUUCCUGGAUUUAAACAGAUAACAUUGCAUUCAAGUUUAAAUGACAAAAUAGGUUCUAGAUGUACGAUAUCAUUUCAUCGCUUAUCAGUUCUCACUAACAAUUGUUGUGAAUCGGAUGAUUUUUAAAAGUCAAUAAAUCGCGCGUCAGAUAGCUAACAGGUGUAUUUGUCAAAGAAACUGGGCAGUUAUGCUUUAGGUCCUAACCAUAAAAGAGGUGUUAGAAAGUCAAAUACUUCCUUAGAAAAUGUGUUCUUUCGACUGAUAAAAUAAAAGACAUAGCAACUUAAACCGUCGCGCAUGAAAAUCCUCAAACUACUAAAAGAGGCGAGAGGUAAAGAGCGAGGAACGUAUUCCCUCUCCUCUCGUGUGGUAUGUCUCUUUGGUUUGAUGGGUGCGCAUGCGUUCUUCGUUCGCUCUAUUACACUCGCAUGUGGAAAGUAUCGCAUUACUUAUGGUCGAUUUGCUUUCCAAUAUUCAUAGCCAACUCAAAAUGAAAUGGCAAGCCAAACCACGGCAAAACGAAACAAUAAGAUAGGUGGCCUUUCUGUCUUCCAUCUCUCUAUCAUAAUCAGAACCAAACGAAGACCAGCAGAAUUUGUUUUGUCAGGUCGAAAACAUGAGGCAGGAUUAUUAAAAACCGACAGUUUUAGGCUUCAUAAUUAAAAAAGAACGGCAAACACAUUGUCUCCAGAACCCACGUUGGCCAUCGUAAACAAGAUAGGCCGGUUGCUGACGAACAUUUGGAAAUGACGUUUUUGGUACUUUCCCUCGCUGCUGUUGAGAAGAAUUUUUGAUUUCGAACAGUGUCGUCGUGCUCUAUGAAGAAAAAUAAUAUUUUAAAUUUAAAAUAAAUAAGGAGUGACUCCUCUUCGUGACAGAGUCUUUGGUUCAAUUACGAAAUUUGACAUGUGUAAUAUGUAUAUGGUGGAAAAUUCACAAUAAAUCAAGUGUCGGCUCUUUAAAAAAGAGCAAGUAUUUCUCAGUAAUUUUUUUCACACAUUUCAUGGUUAAUAGUCAACGGUAAAAGUUUUUCAUUUUAACGUAAUAAAAUUGAUUAAUUUACAUUUAAUUGUAAUAGAGAAUUAGGAGUACAUACAAAGAACCAGAAUGUAACCAAGAAGCUGAUUGUAAGCUGUUGAAGAUAAGGCAGUUAUCUUUGUGUUCAAUCUCCAUCCAAAUAUUGUGCACACUCUUUCUUCAUGUUUUUUUUCUUUCUCGUACGAUGAUAUGAUGUGAUGUCAUCCAUCACAUAGUUUUUGACAUUAUACGGGAUCUAAUAUCGUCAGUCUCAUAAAACAAGCCAAAUGAAAAAUAACUGGAGGAUUAACCAUCUUAUUCAUUUCAUUUAUUAAGCUAAUGAACAUUCAAAAUACUCAACAAAUAUUAGCCACAGCUGCAAUCUACUGUCAGCCCAAAAAUCAACGUAAAGACUUAUUAAACACCAGCUAAUAAUUUCAAGGCACGUUCACAUUCAAGGCUUUCACUAGUGAAGGAAAACUCGGAAACGCAAUCUCUAAGUUUAUUUCUUAGUUAUUUAGAAAGGAAAAAUAAGUUAAUUUUAUUUCAAGAAAUUAAUAUAGUGAUGGGAUUUAAGGCAGAAGGCGGGUACGAAGAAAUUCAAGUUGUGUCUUGCUGGAUGUCCAAACAUGGAAAUCACUAUCUUUAUUUACUAGCAGCGUUGAAUAUUCUUCUAUCCAUCGUCGCAUCGCUUGGUAAUAUCCUCAUUUUAGUUGCUCUUUGGAAGGUACAUUCACUUCAUCCUCCGUCAAAACUCUUGUUCCGAUGCCUUACAGUGACAGACCUUCUUGUUGGCGUUUUUGCACAACCUCUGUUUGCUAGUCAGCUUAUUUUCAUAGCCCAUAAGCAGCGACGCCUCUGCUUCACGACUGUGAGCUGUAAUGAAGUCGCGGGUGGUACUUUUAGCACGGUUUCUUUCAUAACACUUACUGCUAUCAGCGUAGACAGACUUCUCGCUCUCACGCUGGGACUAAGCUACAGGUUCAAGGUGACUUUGAGACGAAUGUGUGGAAUUGUGUCUUGCUUCUGGAUUGUAAGCAUUUCACUGUCUAGUUUACGGCGAUUUUGGCAACAUGCACUUGUGUCAAAUGUGAUGUCCGCAAUUAUGUACUUUUUAUUACUAACAUCGGCGUUUUGCUAUUCUAAGAUCUACCUAAAACUCCGCAGCCAUAAAAUUGCCUUCAAGAACCUCUCUAACCAGGCAGAGCAGCACAACGUAGGACCUGUACUUAACAUAGCAAGAUACAGAAAAAUAGUGUGCACAGCAGUUUGGGUGCAGUUAGCAUUAAUAGCAUGUUAUCUUCCGUACGGUGUCGUUACAGCCGUAGCACACACCACUGAAUAUUCACCAUCACAUAAUCUGGCUGUUAGACUUGCAGUUACCAUGGUGUUUUUAAAUUCAACGUUAAAUCCUUUCCUUUAUUGUUGGAAGAUCAGAGAAAUGAGAAAAGCAGUG